UUCGAAGCUGUACGUCAAAUCAAAACAAAAAGUGAUAUUAGAUAUUUUGGUUUCGUCUUCUUCGUUUUUGAAAUAAAAUAAUUUUAAAUUAAUUCACUUAAAUUUAAACAUGGGAGGUAAAGGUAAAGAUAGGGCCCAAAAACGUAAAGCACAGCCAAAUGAUGACAACGAAUUCAACUUCACAAAAAAGCAUUUGGUGACUAGCCACAUUCGAUCGAUGGAAAAACGCUUAAUUAUCGUUCUCGAAGGCGCACAACUAGAGACUGUUAAAAUGGGAAAUGCAUUCGAGUUACUUAAUUGCGAUGACCAUGCAGGAAUAAUGAGAAAAAACAACCGGGAUCCGGGUUCUUGUCGACCAGACAUUGUUCACCAAUGUUUACUUAUGCUUUUUGACUCCCCGCUCAAUCGUGCAGGUCUGCUUCAAGUGUAUAUGAAAACAGAACGCAAUGUUCUCAUCGAAAUAAAUCCCCAAACCAGAAUACCAAGAACGUUUAAACGUUUUGCCGGUCUCAUGGUACAGCUACUUCAUAAGUUCUCUGUUCGUGCCAAUGACACAUCUGUGAAACUGAUGAAAGUUAUUAAAAAUCCAGUCACAGAUCAUCUGCCAGUGGGUUGCAAAAAGUUGGCAAUGUCAUUUUCUGGGAAAUUAGUUAGUUCGUGUAAGGAGUUGGUACCGAAGGAAGAAGAUGAACCCAUUGUUUUGGUGAUUGGAGCAUUUGCUCAUGGAAGUUUGAAGUCUGACUAUACAGAGGGACUAUUUUCUAUAAGUAACUAUCCUCUAUCUGCUGCGAUUGCUUGUUCAAAGCUCUGCAGUGCAUUCGAAGAAGUUUGGGGUGUUUUGUAAAUAAAUUUUUAACUAUCGAAA